AUGGCAGCCGAUGCUGAACCUUUAGAGAUUUUACUUCAUCUACCAAUAUUAUGCGAAGAUAAAAAUGUCCCUUAUGUAUUUGUUCGAUCUAAACAAGCUUUGGGUCGAGCAUGUGGUACUUCUAGGCCUGUAGUGGCCUGUUCUGUUACAGCUAAUGAAGGUUCUCAGUUAAAACCUCAAAUUGAAAGUAUUCAACAAGAAAUUGAAAAACUGUUAGUUUAA